AUGGAGGAGGACGGCAGGGCCGCCCUCCAUGCGCCGUGCCGUGCGUUCGAUGGUGUGCUAGGCGGUACUGCAGGCGAGAGAGCGCCGCGGCCGCCGCUGCUUCUGGAGAGCCUGGCGGGCCCAGGCAGCGACGACGGCUUCGAUGACGGCUGUUUGGACGGCCCUGUCGACGGCGACGCGGACGGGGACACGGCCUGCCCUGGACCCCCCGCCCGUUCGGAGCCCGACAGCCACGUCCUGGAGUAUCUGGACCGCUUCGGCGCGGCGGUGCUGAGCGGCGGCACGGCCGUGGAGCUGGUGAGGGGCGCCGCUGGUUCCGAACGGGCCGCCGUUGCGGCGAGUGCCGAGCGGUUCCUCCCUUUCCUCGAUGAGUUCGGCUUGGCCGCGGUGUGGCCCGCGGUCCGCUCUCGGGAGUGGAAUCGCCCCUGGGCCUCGCCGAAGGCCGCGCCGAGGAUUGGCUUCUGCAGCGUGAGCUUACACGCGGAGACAGGGCAGAGGUCGAAGCCCGCGCUGAGAGCUUACUGUUGCAGAAGGGACUUCGUAGUGAUUAUUUAUCACGGCGAUUGCUUCGAGGUGGAUGGUCAGUGA